AUUAAUUCAAUGUCUUAAACACUUUGCUGAUUGGUCAAUAAACUUCGACUCGCGUCGAGAAAAUGUUUGACUCACACUGAAUAACUUCUCGUUAGACGUUUUUCCAGGAAUUUCGAGGCACUUUUUUUCGGACCGAUUUUCUUCGGAGUAAAGGUUCUAGAUCUCUAGAUGAAACGAUGGAACAUACUCCGAGCACUGAUUCAGAUUUCGACACUAACAGUUAUCAAGUUGACAGCGCUUUGGAAAAACCCUGUCCGUCUACAAACUGCGAUUGGAAAUUCGAUCUCCUUUGUGCUCCAAGACCAAGGGCUCGAAGCAGGUUAAACGAUAGCGGAUUCUUCCAGCAAGAUACCAAUAUUAUUGCAAGUAAUGGCGCAGAGACUGACAAAUCACAAUCAGCGGACUGCCAAGAGAUGAUCGAAGAUUGGACUGUGAUGAGUUCCUAUACUGAGGAAAUAUUUUGUUAUUUGUAUAAACUGGAGACCAAGUUCCUUCUUCCAAGAGACUUUCUGAAGCAUCAGGAAGAGGUGACGUAUCAAUCAAGAGCURUUCUGGUGGACUGGCUGAUACAGGUACACGAGUUCUAUAACUUUCCCCAAGACUGCCUAUAUCUAAUGAUCAGUCUAUUAGACCGCUAUAUGAGCCUGCACUACGUACCACUGGCCCAUUUCCAGUUGCUCGGCAUGUCGUGUUUGCUAGUCGCCUGUAAAUACGAAGACCGUUUUGUUCCUAGCCACCAAGAACUCGUUAACAUGGCGGAUAAGGCUUUUACUGCCGAUGAACUCAACAAGAUGGAGAAAGGUCUUCUUGAGACGUUGAAUUUUGACCUCUCACAACCACUGCCAAGUCACUUUCUUCGGCGUAUCGCAAGGACUGCUGGGAUCGAUGCGGAAACGUACGUCUUAUCGAAGUUUCUUAUGGAAAUCACUAAGCUUGAUUUGGUUCUCGUGACGUAUAAACCGUCACUGGUUGCUGCGUCGGCAUUCUGUCUCGCCAGCGGACUUGUUUGGGAGAAUGGAAGGCUGUCGUUGGUUCCYGGGUCUUGUUAUACAUUGGAUCAGCUCAUGCCAUGCCUGGUUGGUAUAGCUAAACUCAUCAAGUUCUUAACCUCGUUAGGCUGCAAGGGUGUCAUUCAUAAGUACUGUAGACUUGGUAUUGAUAACACUAUAAUAGACAGCUUGUCAGUCAACCCGAUAAUCAAGGAUCUGUUGGCGACUAAUAUAGCCCACUGAAUAAGAAGAGGAUGGAGUGAGCGGUUAUACGUUCUUCAUUAGUUGGCGUCAAGUAGAGACAGGGUACCCGAAUUAAAGUCAUGCUUCGCGCUUAAGCAUCCAGGGUCCGGCAAACAUAUUUUUUGUAAAGCAUUUGUCAUGCGUUAAGUUCACUCUCAAUUCAAAACCCGGUUUUCCUUGAUUUUUCUAGAUGCUUUUUUGGGUUUUCCAGUUUUUCCUGCUUUUUGUAUAUAUUCGAUAGUCUUUUUACGAUUUGGUGACGUUUUUGGUUUUUGCAACGGAAUAGAUUAUACAGUAAGGAUCGGAAGAAAAAAAACCCACAAAGCAAAAACAAAAACAAAAACAAAACAAAAAAAACGAAAAAAACCCGAAAAACAAAACAAAACAAACAAAAAACAAAACAAAAAAACAAACAAAAACAAAAAACAACAACAACAACAACCAAAAAAAAAACAACAAACAAACAAACAAAAAACAUGAUGACAUGAGACCUAACACUAUCUACUAGAAACUGUUUUAAGGUUAAGGAAAAUCACUCUAUCGGUUCAUGUACAUUUUCCGAAGAAAAAUAAAAUCUGAAGUUUUGAAUGUA